UGUCAGUAAUGUUACAAACUUAAAACAUGAAUUCGACAACAAUCAAGCUAGCCAGCAUAUUGACUGGACGUAGGUUCAGAGCAACUCCGUGCCGACUAGCAGUAACAUCACUCACCCACAGAGCUCAAGCAUCGCCACCAGCAGAGCAUACAGUGAAGGAACAAGGAUAAGUAGGAUGACGCUGUGAAGGUGAUGCCUCUGGUGAAACCAAACAGCGGUCCAGCCGGGCCCCAACCCCGCAAGCGCCGGCUUCACUUCACCACUUCACAUGGACGCCUCCACCACGGUCAUCAAGCGUACCGGAACACCAUCACCUGGUAAAACUAACAAAUCCACAAAGACUGCUAUGGAUUGUGGAUGUGUGACCGCCUCUACCCCUCCUCGCACUGCUAGUCUGCUGGGCCCCUACACCCGCCCCCCACCCGUAAGCAGGUAGUCCUAAUUCGCUCCUUUGAUGGAAGCAGAUGCUUCAUCCACCUAGCCAAGGUAUCCAAGGCAGUGUGUGGCUCAAUAUUUACCAAAAAGUACAUCAAGUAAACCUUGGCCUUCACUGGAGGUGACUGGGGAAUCAAGUUUGAGGUGGCCAACAUCGAUCACCUGGAGUAGGCCCCAGAGUCAGUGAUCCGACUGGGGAAUUGGCCUGUCAAGUGUUGGGUGGCUACCGACAAUGACCCUACCUAUGACUUUGGUAGAAUUUACCCGGUUUCCCCUAAACUGAUCAUACAUGACAGUUACACAGGCAACCAUCCUAGACGGUUGCCCUACUCAGCUUGUCAAUGCCUUAUGCCUCCCAGACUAUGACAAGGACGGACAGACAGUCCUAAGCCUGGCCAUACGCCUGAAAUUCCAUGGGCCCCUCCCUGAGAGGGUGGCCAUAGGAAACAUGAUCUACCAUGUUAGGCCCCACACCCUCCCUCCCAGUCAUGCACUGCACCCGCUGCCUCAUGUUUGGCCAUGGCAACAUUUCCUGCAAUGGGCGUGCCCACUGCAGGAAAUGCAGUGGCUACCAUGACACUGACGGGUGUGUCAGGGAGGACCACUGUUUGUUUUGUGGUUCUGGCCACUGCCCCACCUCUAAACUGUGCCCGGCUUGCCUCCAGGGCCUACUCCUUCUUGAACAUCAAACAAAAAUUGAUAGGCAUCCUCCUGGGCACUUUUCGCCCACCAAACCUGCACCUAAAUCACACUCGCCCUCCAAGACAGGACACCCUCAUCCUCCUCCCCCACACCUCACGUGCCCUUGCACACCCAGAAACCCUACCUCUGCCCCCACCCUUGCUCCUUGCUCUACACCAAUCCAGGCUUCUAUCCCUGAUCCUGCUCCUGCUCCCACCAAACCUCCUGAGCCCCAUUAUUAGUGUGGUUCUGCUAACUGCCCAGCCAACCUCACUCAAGGCCCAACAAACCCCCCACCACCACAAACCACACCACGAUGCACGACCAGAUCCUCCUUCAUCCCCAAAGGGCCCCUACAGGACAGACUUGACUGAUGCUGGGGAAUUUGUACCCCUAACCUCUUUGCACCAAUGCCACCCACCAAAGGCUCCCCAGCCCAAAGCCCCACAGCCAGCAGCCCAGCAGCCUUUCCCCUCGCUUGGUAGUGCAGGCUUUGUACCAUCCUCUUCCAUGCUUCCGGCCCAGCAUGCUUCGGGUUCUGCUUUUAUUAAGGAUUAGCACCAAUAGCACUCAAUUUCUUUUAACUUCCUGCUUUCAGGGUAUAGCCUCAGUGAGAGCCUCCUUCGGUGCCUGCCAGGACUCCUCUUCUUCAUCGCAUCACUCACGCAGUGAGUGAUCCACUUGCCUCCCACUUCAUUUUCUGGAAUGCCCAGUCUUUGUACAGGAAACUUCCAACUUUUAAAACCACUCUCUCAUACUGCUGUUGUUGGUGUCUGUGAGGCGUGGCUCACAGACCCAUUCUCCCCCUCCUUUCCAAAUUACACUUCAUACAUGAAGGACAGGGAGACCGGCAAAGUACGAGGUGGCCUACUUCUACUGAUCCACCAGUCCCUUCCUUCUAGCCCUCUCGUAAUCCCUUCUUUCACAGGUGGUGGACUGGAGCAUCUGGGAGUGACUGUCACCUUUGACUCAGGCCCUUUAAACAUUCUGCUAAUCUACAAUCCAUGUCUUGAUAUCUCACUUCAGGAAUUUCAACAUUUGCUUUUUCAACUUCCCUCCUCAGCAUUAAUUAUGGGUGACUUUAAUGCCCAUCACGACUUCUGGGAACCGGCCCUCCCCAGGAGCCGGAGAAACCGUUCAGGCGCGUCACUUGAGUUUUCUGGCGGAUAGUGAUUCCCUCUCCCUUCUCAGGGAACCCUUCCACCCUAGACUUGUGCCUGGGGAAUGGCCCUCUCCUCCUCACCACUAUAACUACCGGCCCUUACAUGGGGAGUGACCAUCUUCCUGUGAUUAUUGCUUUCCCAUCAGUGCCACCACCCCGUCCCACUUCAUGCAGACCCCGUUGGUCAUUCAAAAAGGGAGACCUGGUAUCUUUUCAGAAAGAGUUAAAUUCAAUCGUCCCACCCAUGACCCUCCCAUCAGUUGACAAAAUUCACUUCCUUACAGACGUCUUGGUGACUGUGGGAUCCCACCACUUUCACCUUGUCACUUCCUCCCCUUCCCAUUCAUUUUGACUCCCCUGGUGGUCUCGGCAUUGUGCGGCAGCCCUUCAGGCCAAGCACCAUGCCUUUGCAGCAUGGUGAAGGAACCUAACCCCUCCACUCCGCCAACGUUUUCAUUACCUAGAGGCCCAGUGCAAGCAUGUUAUUCUUGAUGAGAAAUGCUCAUCAUGGGUCUCCUUUUGUGCUUCCCUGUCCUUUUCCACCUCAGUCUCCCGAGCCUUGUCUUUCUUCAGGAAGAUGGUCCACCCACAACCCCCUCUAACCUUCCCGUUAACUAGUAACGGUGUCCUCCUCACCACUGAUGCCCAAAAAGCCGAGUGUCUUGCCACCCACAUCCACACAACACUCGGCUCUCCAGAUCCUGUCCCCACACCUGUGCUACCCUCUUUCUCACACUCCAGCCAUGGAAUUAGCACUGCUAUAACUCCCCAGGAACUCACCUCAACCUUACUUUCACUGUCCGCUAAGAAGGCAACGGGACCGGAUGACGUGCCAAACAAGUUUCUUCGAUGCCUCCCAGAUGCUCUGCUGCAGCUCCUUCUGAACGUCCUCAGCAACAGCUGGUUGUCGGGAUGUUCCCUUCAGCGUGGCGUCUUGCCUCCACUAUUCCUAUUGCUAAGCCUGACAAGGACCCAACGGCAGCCUCCUCUUAUAGACCUAUUAGCCUCCUGUCUAACAUAAGCAAGGUUUUCGAGCAUGUCAUUCAAAAUAGACUAACCUAGUGGUUGGAAAGCAAACACCUACCAACCAACAUGUUCGGUUUUCGCCCUCGCCGGGGCAUCCUUGAUGCCUUGCUGUUGCUGGAGCAUCACAUUCAGGAAGGAUUUAACCACAACAAAAUUAACUCUAGUAACUUUUUUAGAUCUUAAGGGUGCUUUUGACUCCGCCUCACACAACUCAAUUCUCGAGAAACUUGCCUGCCUUGGACUCUUUGGUCCACCGCUAAGUUGGGUUCAGUCCUUCCUAACAAAUAGAUCCUUCUCCCUGGCGAUUGGUAACACCUACUCUAGGUCGUAUCCAAUCACUAGGAGCAUUCCUCAAGGUUCUCCAUUCAGCUCUCUACUCUUCAAGGUCUUACUUUCUGACUUUUCCUCCUCUCCCGGCACACAUGCACUUAUCUAUGCUGAUGACAUUUCCCUCCUUUAUUUUGCUUCCACUCUCCAAGAAGCUCAACUUUCACUUCACCGUGGGCUUGACCUUGUUCACACUUGGACUGCCCGUUGGGGCCUGACGGUGAGUGCCCAGAAGUCUAGCCUUCUGUGCUUCACCAGAAGGCCAACACUGACUGACCUCCUGGGUGGCUGCACAAAUACCACUCAGGCUUUCAAGACCCUCAACCUCACCAGGACCUUCUUACAGAAAACAAAUCAACUCCACUGCAUAUAGCCUGAAGACAUCAUCACCGCAUACCUCACCUUUGGGGCACUAGAGGCUGUGACACGCAGCCUACACGGCCCCAAGAAGAAGAAAGAUCAAUUCCCCACAGGAGAAGGAGAAUGUUGAAGUCAAGUUCCUACAGCAGGGCACAACUGAGAAGCUGCAGCGGUCAGCGAGACAGACGGUAUCAAUUGCAGUGCAAGGCUGUGGGUCGCUGGAUGCAUCAGAACUCAAAUACAAGUGGAGUUUUGAGAAGACACUGGAACACAUAAUAGCAGCAAGCCCUUAUGUAUGGUUGUAGCUAUGCUUAACUGAAGUCUUGUAUUGGUGGGUCAGGGUAGAAAUAAUAUUGGUAUACUGAUAGAGCACAAUGAUAUUCAUAAUCUUUAGGAACAAAAGAAUAUGGCGUAGGGCAAAAAGUAUUGCUAACAGUUCAAUAGUAAGGACGUUAGCCUUGAGAGGGAGAUGAUACUGGAAAGAGGUAUCAGGGAAAAGGACAGCUCAGCCCAUGUCAGCAGAAGACUUAGAACCAUCAGUAUAGACAUGGAUGCUAUCAGAAUGAGUAGGAAGGUGACCCAGGAAGUGGGAGCAAAGGACACGAGGAGUGGUAUCAGACUUCAGAGAGGUGAGGAAGACAGACAAGCAAAGGGAAAGAGGAGGGGAAAGCCAUAGAGGGAUAGAGGGAACAGAGAAUGGAAGUGGGUUGAGGGAGGGGGAAGGAGGAUGUGACAGGAGGGCAUAGGGGAGGGAUAAGUGAGGCUGGGAGGCAAAGACUGGAGACAGAGAGGAAAGAAUGUGCAAAGCUGAGGAGGAAAAGUGGAAAGAGUGGGUAUAACAAUAGAGAGAGAGGAGGGGCCAGUGACGGGGAAGGGAAGGCAGGACAGAUUCAGCAUACAAGCUCUCUACAGGGGAAGACUGAAAGGCACCAAGAGCAAGACAGAGACCAAAGUGAUGGAUAGGGUAGAGGAGACUGAGGACAGGGAGAGAGGUGGAGGAAUAGACAUGGCAGCUGUAAUCAAGGACUGAAAGGACGAGUACAGUAUGCAGUGAAAGCAAAGUCUUGCAGUUAGCACCCUAAGACACAUGGGAGAGGGUAUAUAGGAUGUGAAGUAGUGAAGGGCAGUAUCCUUGAGAGAGAGAACAUGUUGGUGUCAAGUGAGGUAAGAGUCAAACAUAAGACCAAGAAACUUGCCUGACUUAUGGUACUCAAGAGGGGUACCAUUAAAAAGGAGAGGGGGCGACCAG